AUUAAUAUUAAUUGUAAUAAUGGAAAAUAGUUAGUCGUGUACUAAACAUACGUCCGAAUCUUUUAUUCGGCAAUCGUAUAUGGAGAAUCUACUUUUCACGCUAAACCGAUCUUUUUAAUCUCUGGUUAACAAUUAUUUUUCGCAAUGCUGAUGGAAAUAUUUUACUAAAAUCGAUGAAAGGUGAAAUGAAAGUUAUUACAAAAUUACUGAACGUGUGUAAAAAUGAACUAUAAUUUUCCUUGUUAAAUGCAAUGUAAUAUUGUGAAACAUAACAAAAGUUAUAGUAUACCGUUGAAAAGUAAUAAACAGAAAUUUUGAAAUAUUAAACAUAAAAUUUACUGAAUAAAACUGAAAACUGCGUGACUUUUUAAAGAAAAAUUGCGGAAAUAUCGAUGAAAGUGAUUGUUUACUGAAAUAAUGAUGAAGUGAUAAUGAAAGAAGAAUAUAUUUCUCACAAUUAAUAUUAAAAUGGCACUGGAACAUCAUGCUUACCCAGCCAGAAAUGAGAAGUCGAAUCGACGUCGAUGAAUCGAUGAAUGAUCGAAUACCAGACAAUAUCGACCAUCGCAUCAAUGUUAACUCAGUGUUGCGGCUUUAACUGAAUAAGCUCUAAUUAUUUUUCCCUGGCAAGAUUAAUUAGCUACGUCAUCUUAAUUGUGACCCAGAAAUCACUCGAGUGCGAAUCUCACUAAGGAAAGAGAAAAAAUCAUUAAUUAGCGGUGUCGCGGAUAUUUCGAAUUUAUCAAUGAAGCCGCACACGUGAACGGAUCGGCGGAAGCCGCCGCCGCGUGUGCGCCUCGCUGCACGGUCUCCACGCGAGUGAGUGGCGCGCAGCGUUCUGCGCAAGUCCCCGGCGAUUGGCCGCGUGCGCUGCGCACGUUGUCCGCGGCAGCGGCGGCCGCUGACGUCAGUCAGCGCCGGCCAAUACCGGCGCGCAGAUCCGCAGUAUUCGCCGUGCGCGCGUGGAAGACGAAUUGGUGUACCGCGUCCGUGUGUGUGCGCGCACUGGUGGCAGCGAGAAGCCACGCGGAAACAACGACGACGGCGACUCGAGAACGUCGAACGGUCGUCGCGAAACGGCACGUACGCGCGACGAGAUGCCAGGCGAGGUCGGCGUCUGAGAGACAGACAACGCAUCUCGCGACGACGCGUGCUCGGUUCGGUGGGGGGACGGUGAGGGAGGAAUCGAGCGGGCGAGCGAGAGAGCGCGCGCGGAGGAGGAGAGGCGACAGAUGCGUCUGGUCGUGGCGCGGCACGCACACGCGGUGAGAGCGAGGGAAAGAGGGAGACGGAGCGAGAGCGUGGUAGCGUCGAGUCGCGCCGCACCUGACAGUCCACAGGCAGUCCGCGCCGGCCCCCGAAAAAACACUCUCGCCACGCUAUAUACACGCGAGGCAGCGCCGUGUUUCACUCAGAACGCGAGCGCCACUGGCAAUGUCGGGAAGUGACAGCCCAACAUUCUUUCACGGCCAGCCGUGGUCCAGCUGGAUCGAAAGAAUCGGACGGGACAAGCCGCUGAGUGAUGAAGAGACAGACGCUCAACCAUCAAGCUCAGUCACACGUCUGUCCGUAGAAGAUAUCGACCUAUAUGGCUUCUGUCCAGAGAGAGAUAUGUUCUACGGAGUGGUAUGUGAGAUAUGCAACGCCAUAGUGAAGCCACAAGCUCUCAUACAACAUAUGGAAAGUCGUCAUCCUUCCGGCACGGCGAAUUUCCCACCACCCCCGACCCCGACCGUGAAACCGAGCGUGAAAAUCCCCUACUGCAAGAUAUCGAAGCUGAAGAAAAGCCAAACGCCAGCUCCCACGAUCCCCGUGGUCGAUGUGAGCACGAAGCUGAACCACACGGCCGUCAAGCGCAACAUCGAGCAGGCGAGCCUCUCCGCUGGUAGCGGCUCGUUGCCGAUCUCCUCGUCGCCCCGGUCGCCCCUCGAGUCGAUCACGGUUCAAACGACGGCCCCUUCCAACGUCACCGGCCCUUCUGUCGGCGGCGCGUCCAGUCCUAGCAAAAGCCCGAUCGUCGCCAGCAGCGGCCAGCCUCGGCGGAAGAGGCUUAAAGCGGACCGUUCGUUGCUCAAAGACCGGGAGUACGAUCCAGACCGGCACUGCGGCGUCUGGAACGAGGAGACCGGCAAGCCAUGCACGAGGUCGCUCACGUGCAAGGCGCACACCGUCUCGCUGCGCCGGACGGUCGUCGGUCGCAGCAAGACCUUCGACAAGCUCCUCGCGGAGCACCGCGCCGCGAAGGAGCCUCCGAGCGGCAGUGGUCGCGCGACGACCAAGGUGACGGUCGCCGGCACCGUCACCGUGUCCUCCGCCGCCGCGUCCAGCCUGAAUCCCCAUGCUCCCAAUACUCCAGUAUCCGCCGCCGAGCCGGAAGCACCGAGCUCGCCGCCCGUUCUAUCGCUGCCAGACUCGUAUCCACUGCCAAAGGCUGUUGAUUUGCUUUAUCGGUGUCUGGCCCCGCAUGGCUCCACUAAACCUACCAAGCUCGAGGAGGACUUCGCCAACGCCGAGGAACUUCGGAGCCUGGAGUCCAGCCUGGUCAACUCGUCCGCCGCAGCUGCCGUGGCCAGCAGCGCGUCGCAGCAGCAGCAGCCGAUGAUGGCGCCGAUAUCCGUGAUGUUGCCGUCGCUGUCGCCGUUGCCCGGUAACAGCGAGGAGUCACCGGUGGCCACCCUGAUACCGAGCAGCACGACGGCCGCGAUGCCGGUCGUGCCGGCGCCACUGCCAGCCACCUGCGUGCAACCGCCAGCCGUGGUCGCCACGGUGCUCGAGGGCGAGACUCCGGUGGACAUCGACACCGAGGCGAUCUCCGCCACCAUGUAUUCCCCGGUGCACUACAGCAAGGAGCCCAAGUCGCAGUUGGUGAUGCAAGCGAUGUCGCGACAGCCCAACAGCCACUCGCAGUCACCUGUGCAGUCGGCCAGGAGCUACCAGAUGCAGGCGUCGAUGCCGAGCCUGGGUCUCUUCGAGCCGGUGGAGCAGCUGGAGCAGCAGCACGCCAGCCAGAUCAACGGCAAGCGGCUGAACCACGUGAGCCCGGUGGUCAUGUCGUCGCGGCAGCAGAAGAGGCACAAGACUACGCACGACUACCAGUCCUCGCAGGACUUCACGGCCACAACGACGUCGAUCCAGGUCGAGGCCACCUCGUCGCCGUACCCGCACUUCGGCGACAUCUCCUGGUCGAACUGUCACCCGGAGCCGCUGGCGGUCAGCCGGUGGCUCCGUAUCUCGUCCAGCCGUAAGCAGUACAACUUCAAUAUUCACUGACACAAGACCCCACCCACCCCGGGCUGAGAACUGUGCGCCGUUGGCGUUCGUCUACUACUACCUCCUUUCUUCCCGAAGACACUCUUCGCCGCCGCUUACGUCGUCGUCCUCUUCUUCAUCAUCGUCAAUAUCAUCAUCAUCGUUAUCCUAGUCGUCAUCAUCGUCUUCAUCAUCGUCAUCAUCCUUUUCGUCGCGUCCGCAGCCCGUCGAGGAGGGAAGGUUCUUGUGUUCAUCGUUGCAACGAGACCGACGAGACUUCGCGCACACUCUUCGGCCACGCGAAGCGGUGGCGUCGUUCGCGGAUCCCGAGACGGCCGAAAGCCGAAACUCACUCGUUCGCCGAGUUUCUCCCUCGCGGUGUCUGUCCUCGACGGACAGCCGUUGUCGCGUUGAAGCUUUCGCAGCGCUCGGAGCAUCGCCGUGGCGCCUUGAGCACGAACGACGAGAGAUCCUCGAUCGACGGCGCCCAUUGUCGCGUGUCUGGACGUGUACCUGAACCUCAAGGGACUCCACAAAGAGGAGGAACGGGUCGAUGUGUAGGCCCGCUCCGACUUGUAUCCUACACCCGUUUACUCGCUUUGUAACGUAAGAUAGGGAAAAAGAGAUUAAGACAAUGAGUGAGAACGAGAGCGACUGCGAGAGAGAGAGAGAGAGAGAGAAAGUAUGUAUGUGUCUCGAUAACAGCGUGAAUGAGGUGACUCCGUGGUAACGAGUAGACAAAUUUCCGCGCACGGUCACCGCCGUUACUUUAACCGUGCGGACGCUGCGGAACAUUCCUUUCGGUCCUCUUCGCAGCGACGCGCGUCACGGGGACCGCGAGUUCUCUGUGGAUGAUUCCUAGGUGCUCUUCGGCUUGUGCAGGCAAUUUGCGUUCUCGUGCCGAUAAUAUCUCCGAGCUCUCCUGCGUCUCGUCGCGAUUUCAAGACUUCGAGCCGCUUUGUCCACGCCUGAUCGACCGAUGCGGCUCGGUUCAUGAUUUUUACUUAAAUCAUUCGAGGCGGAAUUAUUUAACACGAUCGGUACGCAAAGUGCGUACGUUACGAGUGAUCUUUGCCGCCCCGAAAUCAUUUUGGAGCACUUCGCUCCUUUUUUCUGUAAUUUUCGAUUUCAUUCAGAUCUUUGCAACAAAACUAUUUGAGCAUCAAACUACAACGAGGAAUACUCCCGGAGAAGAGAGUAUCCUAUUUCUAUAUUUUUGCAAAUUCGUUCGAAACACGCACAUCGGCCCUUGUAAAUUACUGAUCCGUGUCGGCCGGUUACGCGAGAGCCUUUGUCGAGUGAAGAGUGUAACCGAGAACGCGAUUUCGACGGAUUACCAGAUCCACGCGUCGAUCUUCUCGACCGGCCCUUUGGAAAUCGAGCACGCAAGAGCGAUUCUCGCGGUGCCGUGCGCGGCGCAUUUUCUAUCGACUCUGUGUACGUGUAUAUCAUUCUUGUAAAUAGAUCGCCGAUCACACUUGUCUCAUAUUGUACAUAGACCAUGAUGUGUUUAGUCGUGCAUCGGUCAUGCUCAGCGUUCCGCUAUUGAUACGCGCGGUUUCUCUUCGCGUAGGAGAGUAAACAAGAAAACUAGAGGGAAAAACCGCUUCGACUUGUUUCCCUGUGAAUGAAACGCGGAUGUUAUAGAGGGAAAGAGAGGGAGAGAGAGAGAGAGAGAGAGAGAGUCCCGUCUGUACAUAUGGUAUAUACAAACAGUAUACAUACAUAUACAUGUACAUAUAUAUUUUUUAUCAAUCACGAUCUCUUACCCCUUUAACGUACAUAUAUAUAUGUAUGUGUGUGUGUGUACUCCGAACACGAAGCGCCAUUAUUUAUCGUUGUAUCCGCUUCUCUCUCUUUUUUUUUUCUUUUUUUUUUGCCGAUUUUCUUUCGUCACAGGGCCAUAGUGGAAAUCGUAGAGCGCCCGGAGUGAUUUAUUCGAUAGCGAGCUCUCCGGUCUCCGCGCGGUGAAUUUCCCGUGUAGCGCAGGAGACCACUCGCGAUUGUACAUACACGCGGAGCAGAUCGAACGUCAUUUCUUUCGGGCGAAUUGCGUUUUCGCCGACCUGCGAAAUCGAAGGGGUGGAGGAGGGGAGAGGGGAGGGGGACCGAGCGACGACGAGCGACUAUCGCAUCCCUGAAUCGUCGGUCGAGCGCGAUGAUAUCGCAAUGUGAAAGGUGAUUUGCCUCUCUUUUUAUUUUUUUUUAUCCAUGCGUGGUGUUCGCGCUGCACGCGAAAUGUGGGCUUCCGCGAAAAAAACACGACGGUGGGUCCCCCCCGCCGCGCAUCUCCUCCGCCCCUUCGACAACGGGGAGUGCCCGCACUCGCCUCUGUUUUGCGGAUACGAAUUUACCAACGAGGGUCCGCGCAGACCUACGCGAAACGCGAGCGACUGCGAGCGGCACGAUCGAUCGUCGCGCUAAAUGAAGCGUUCUAUAAAGAAUGGGAAACGGGAGGUCUAAGGCUGUGCUUAUUGCAUAGGAUUGAUUGCUUAUUGCAGGAACGAUUUUUGCCGAACGUCGAGAAAAUCGAUCGCAUAAAAGAAGAAAGGAAAUUUUCACGCGAGAAUCGUGUCGAAAAAGUGAACGAUUCUUUUUAAGGUGUGUACACAUCUAUAACGAACGAACAUUUGAAUCCGAUUGGUAUAUACUUUUUGAUCUAAAAGUACAAAAGAAGAGCUAACUGAAUGUUUACGAACUUCUUUUAUCUUACCGUCUCGAGAUCGAAUUAGCCCGAACGCGAAUCAAACGUUCCGUUCGGAUUCGUUAAGGCGUACGGUCGGUCACAGGAUGGUUGCGACAGUUUUUCCUUUACUUCGGAACACACAAAAAAUGCAACAAAGCGACCAUGGACAUAAAUAUAUAUGUCAGAAUUACAUUUGUAUAUGUAAUUUCGACAUCUGUCUGACUAUUUAUUGCGCAUGUUCGCUUCAUCAUAUUUUUAUAUGUUCCAAAACAUGUAGAAAAAAACUACUACAACCGUCCCAUGAAAGACUACACAGCCGUUUUCGAGUCGUAACAGCAAACGUAUUCGUUGUUCGUUCGCUAGAUGUAAACGCACUUUUAAACAUUCAGCCGAUACGACGCCCUAAGAUAACGCAGUACUGUAACUAUGGCUACGUUCAGAAAACGGAACGGUUCAGUGAGCGCUCCUUGCCAUUGGAAUAUUCCGUUAGAUUUACGACGGAUCUAAAAGAAUAUUUCGAUCAAAGGUGAUAAUCACACGAUUGCACCACCCUUGUUUCUUCUGUAUUUUGUACAAUUGUAACCUUUGUAUGAUUGUUAUCUUCGCUCAUAUUAUAUCGAGAGAGAGAGAGAGAGAGAGAGAGAGAGAGAGAGAGAGAGAGAGAGAGAGCGCCAUCCUCCGUGACUCGGAUCCGUCUCGGAUUCGCAGCGCCACGCUCGUCGCCCGCCGCGAUCGAUCGUCCGCGCGAAAUCGCACGAACAACGGCACCGUAGAGGCCCGCAACAGACAAAUUAGUGAGUUACACACGGCUGAUUCACCCGAGACAGUUAUUUAUUUUUCUACGCGCUCUCGUUGAUUUCUGCAUCUCGCGCGCUGCAGUUUCCACGAGGGGUGAAAGAGCGCCCGCGGCUGGACGAGCAGGCGCGCGCGAACUUCUUAUCAUAGAUUGUGAUAUUUAACUGAUAAUUAUCUAGUAGGACGUAAUAAUAAUAAUGUACAUGUGUUUAGAUGUGUUUGGCGGCGGGAGCGUAGCGGCGUUACCGUUUUCUCUUUCCCCGAGUCAACGCCUCGCGCGUUUCGCGCUCGCCAUGUCCGUUAGAAGAAGGAGGGAAGAAGAAAAGGGAGGAAGGAAGGAAAGGAAAUGAAAAUCGCUCACCUCGCGGGGCGGACGGUCGCUUCUCCGCGGCGCGGCGGAGGCGGCCCUCGCGUCGUUGUUCCGCUCCCCCCUCCCCUGAGCUCCUGUGCUC